UAUUGACAAACAGGCGUUGUCUCUCGCUAAUAGUUUGUCUGUUCUGUGCUAGCUAUAAUUUGUAAUUUUCAUUUUCUUCAAUUUUUGAGCUCGUUUGGCUGCUCAUCGGUUGCGUUAAUUAAUCUCGGUGAGGGUAAAACUUCCGCUCUUCACCUCCGACUUCGUUGAUCCAAGCGCAAAAAUUGGUGACGGCGGCAAUUCCGCUAGAAUCUCAAGAGCGACCGGCCUCAAAUGCGGUUCGGAAUUUUUACGCGUUUGUGUGAUGAUGUUCUUGUACCGUUAGGUUUUUUUUAAUCAACUCGCUCAUCAACGGUGGUGACCGUCAUUGAAAAGAUUCCAGAUUGUGUUCUCAAGAUCAGCUGCGAAUAUGAAUUUGCGAUACACUAGAAAUUUAUUUUUAAGGGCUUUUUGCAUCGUCUACUUAUCGGCGUUUUUAUCAUUUUAUAUCCAGAUACCAGGACUUUAUGGAGAUAAUGGAGUUCUUCCUGCCAAGUCAGUGUUGGAGUUUAGCAAACAUAAAACUCUUUCAGCAAAAAUUCAUUACCAACCAACUUUGCUGUGGUUAGCACCUUAUUUAGGUUUGGAUACUAGCUAUGCUUUAGAUGUGCUGGCAUUGUUGGGGGCCUUUCUGGCCUUUACAGGGUUGGUUUCUCAAAGGUUCUGCACCAUACCGCUGUUUGCAGCCCUAUGGUCUCUGUAUUUUUCAUUGUUCCAAGUGGGUCAGACAUUUGUGUCAGCAAGUUUUGAUGAGCUACUUUUGGAGGCAGGCUUCCUUGCAAUCUUGGUUGCCCCACUCCUUCCUGGAGGUAGAAAAGGGACCAAAGGGUCUCCAAAUGAUUUCAUCACCUUUUGGAUGGUUAGAUGGUUUCUAUUCAGAUACUUGCUAACUACUGGCUUGACAAAGUUUAACAGUGGAUGCCCAAAAUGGUGGAGUCUUACUGCAUUUGACCAUCAUUUUGAAACUAUGCCUCUGCCAUCACCUCUAUCAUGGUAUUCACACCAUAUUCCACAAUGGUAUCUGAGACUCGUCCAAGUAUAUGCCAACUUGUGUGAGAUUUUCCUCCCCUUCUUAUUUUUCAUUCCAAUCAGAAGCGUGAGAAUCACUGGAUUUGUCUUUCAGUUAUUCCUGCAAAUAUGCAUAGUGCUGACAGGAAAUUAUGACUAUUUAAGUUUGCUGAUCGUCACUCUAACAUUGUCACUGUUGGACGACCAAUUCUUCUAUGGUAGGAAGAAGUCCAUCAGCAAAUGGUCAGUAGUUGGAAACAUUGUGAAUGUACUCUUACAUGCGGCUGUUUUCUAUGGCAUUGUUCAUCUUUAUUCUAUGAAGAUAAAUGGAACCCAGAUCGAUACAAACAUUGCAUUUACUAAGAGCCAGUUUGACAACAUCCUCUCCCAAGGAUUAACGUACACAGUACAUCUGGGAUUGGUCUCUUUAGCUGGAACUAUUCUUUAUGCCUUGUCUCAUGUGGUGUUUGACAAUUCUGGGUCUGGAAACAAACUAAUCGGCGUCAUAUCUACUCUGAUUUGCGCUUUUGCUGCUGUGAUUUUGUUCAUGGCAAGCACAGUACCUUUGGCAUCUCUUCACCCAGCUUCAAACUCGACCAUGCAACCAAAUGUGAGGACAGUUUACAAUAGACUCCACAAGAUUCAUGCUUUGAACCAAUAUGGCCUCUUCCCCAAAAUGACUGGAGUAGAUGGAAGACCUGAAAUCAUUCUGGAAGGAGCAGACAAUGUGGAAGGACCAUGGAAGGAGUACAACUUUUUGUAUAAACCAGGAAAUGUUAAUCAUUCUAUGCCAUUUGUUGCCCCUUAUGCUCCAAAACUGGACUGGUACAUGUACUGGGCAGCCUACAGUACAUACGACAAGAACCCAUGGUUACUAUCAAUGGCACACAGAAUUCUGACUGGCAAACAGGAGGUUUUGGUUCUUCUGGACCAUCACCAUUUACCAUUCCCCCAGAAACCACCCAAGUUUGUCAGGGCGACACUUUAUAAAUACAAGUAUACAUCGUGGAACCAAAAGUCUAGUUCGGCGUGGUGGAUCCGCGAGAAAGUUCGUGAGUACUUCCCUGCUCUCUCCAAGGACUCUCCAAUGCUGAUCGACUUCCUGAAAGCGAGAAACUUACUACCGACUGCGCCCAAGCAAGCAAUCAACCCUAUCUGGAAACAAUCUUUGGACACCAUCAGAUACGUCACCAACCAUCUGGAAGCAACGCUGCUUUUCUGGUCCGUACUAUCUGCUGGUUUGGCCAUAAUUUGCACCUCUGGAUCUGGUUCGUCGUCCAGUAAAAAGUAAUUUUUUCACAGCUGACAAUAAAAUUGUCAAGUUACACUGCUUCGAUAGUGGAAGUAUCAACUAAGCAGGUAGAAUCUAUUUUAUUAGUAACCAUCAAGAAUUUGCUACCUAACUUGUGUCAACCUUAGCGCCACUUGAGUCAUUCUGAUUAAGGAUCAUUAUUUAUCUUACAUAGACAUGAUUGAUAGUAUCUGUCAACUAGAAAAGUGUAAUUAUUUAAAAGGCAUGGGUUGAUACUUUCACUAAUAUUGUCAUUUCUCUGAUGGCAUUAUCAAGACUUUUACUUUUUAUGUAGCGGUAAGUUGAUGGCAGAAAGAUUCUAAUAUAUUGCCUGUACCUUUUAAGAAAUUUGGUUGAAGUACUAAAGAUUGAAACGAAUGACAAAAAUCUACUUUAAAGCUGACCAACUAUGUGAAAGACUAGCAUUACAAGUUGAAUAAAUUCUACAGAUUCAAUGUAACUAGCUGACUAUUACUUUCUAGCUAAACUGAUACAAUGACUUUUUAGGUAUUGGUGUAUUGUGGAUUUUUUAAAUAUCUCAACAUCCAAUAUAUUUUUCAGUUGUAACCACAAUCAUUUGCAUUUCAACCUAAUUGCUUUUUUCUACUGUAUAAACCGUUUUUGUAUGUCAUGUAGUUAUUGUGCAUUUAAAUUAUUAGUUUCCACUUUUGAUCUCUGGAAAUAUGGAAAAUCUAAAAUAACAAAAUUAUUGUAUUUUUUUCAUUCUUUCAUUCCAUUUUGAAUUCAACAGUUUUGAUUGUAUUUCGUAGGGAAAUUCCACACUGUAUUUUUUAAGUGAGUAUACAUUUUAAUUUUAAGCAAGAAAUGCAUAUACUUUCAAAUCAUGCAUAAUUGAGGAUAUUAUAGUAUAACGUUGACUCAUUGCUUUGUAAUAAUGGAGUAAUGGUACAUUAUCUUUUCAAAAAUGAUCCUGCAUAUAAAGUGAACUGAACGUAGUUUCAGAACAGGUUCAUGCAUGCACUGUCUCAAAACCCAUUUUAUUCUGAUUUAGUAUGAUCUUUUAAAACAGUUAAAGCCUCCAAUAUUUUUCAAACAAUUACUGCUAAUCAAUUGUAUAAAGUGCUGAUCAAAAAUAUUCCACUUCAAUUUGUUGAGGCAGUGUGUAUGCUCUAUUGUUGAAAACCUGGGCACUCCAUCCAUAAAACCUUGAGCUGCUGAAUCUAUUGAACUUCUCAAUAUUUCUGACCAUCAUUAAUAUUUGUAUAAAUACAAUCUGAAAAUCUACACUUGAAGUUUAUAAUCUCAAAUCACAAAUCUGAACCUAAAAUUCAAAAGGUAUUUUGGUUUAUAUAUUUCGGUAGCUAAGGUCACAGUUGAAUUUAAAUUUUAUUUUUAUUAAACUUUAUACACUAAUAAUCACUAGCUUUAUUUCCGAAUUAUGAAUAUCAAGAGGGAUUUUACAAAUUCUUGACAUCUUCGACGUAAAUACACAGGGUUGACAAUAACUGUUAAUCCCCUUUUCAUAAUACUAAACGACUUAACUCCAAUAGAUAACUAUUAUUUAUCGAAGUUAGGUUCCAAGAUUAUUCAUAAAAUAUAAGAAUUACUAGUGGCAAUAAUGUUAGAAUGUGUGUUUAGAGGUAUUAAAUGUAACAAUAGUAAGGUUAUAAUAUAUACAUUUAAAUUCAUUUAAAAAAGAUCAUCAAAUACAGACCAAAUUCAUUUUAUCUUGACUAUAUGUGUAUCAAUAAUAUCACUAGUGAUUUUCUACAGUAACUUGAAAAUGAGGUCUACUGAUGAAUAUAUAUUUUCGUAUUAACCGAAUUUUUAUUUUGAAUUACAUUCGAGAGGUCUGAUUGUACAAUUUUUAUUUUUAUACUGGUGUAUUGUGCAUAGUGAUUUACAAUUGUCCUUUUUGUUAGAGCCUAAAAUGAUUGUAGUGUAAUUAGUUUUUGUGUAUACCUUUUUUCUCCUUUGACGCCUUUUAUAUGCCCGUGAAUGGUUUCUUUUUCUAGAAAAAAGAAAUACUAUUCCUUCUAUCACAUUUUCGUACAUUAUUUUAGAUAUUUUGAAGAUACACUUUACACAUAUUUGUGUUGCACAUGUUUGUGUGAUAGUUUCAAAGAAUAAAAGUUUGUUUAUUAUUUUAACAAA